GAUCUGCUGAGUGGACUAAAGAUGGGGGAGCAACGUGGUUGGCUGGAGGCUAACAAAGGACACUGGGCGGCCAUCUUGGAUUCCAAGACUGGUGCAGCCAAGAUCCCAGGGGACAACAUCACUGAGCYGGCCAGAGACAACAUAGUGGAGGUCAGUGGAUGGAACAGCGUCCUCAACUCUGGGCUMGSGAACAACACUGUUAACCACAACCAGAAACAGACAGUGGAACACAAAACAACAUCCGAAUUUAGUCUCCGUGACAACAGACUGGCUGAGACCAGGGCGAAGUUUAGAUUUGGUCUGCAGGGAGYUGUCUGUAUUCAGCUGGAGAGAACAGACAAAGACUCGGCUAGCGAUGCUCCUUCCUGCUCCUAUAGUUGUGAUUCAGAGAGACUGCUGGUGCGUCAGGUUAACCCCCUAACAGGUGCUGCCUUCWGCCUGCCUUCUAUAGGAUCUAUCAACUGGAACAUGGACCCUGCGACAACACAGACACUCCCUGACCUUCAUCCUUCUCACACUCUCCUCCUGUUAAACCAGACCUCAGACAAUGCUUGUGCACUAAAUGUCUACACAAGCCCAUUGACAAAUGACAGUAGUAGUAARGCUAUCAGCAGAUCUGYUUGCAAAGAGAAACGCUUCCCGUGUUCGUUCUGUGGGAAAGCCUUCAGUUUCCCCAAACAGGUGGAGGUCCACCAGAGAAUGCACACUGGGGAGAAACCAUUCAGCUGCCAUCUGUGCCGGGCCAGUUUCUCCCCACUCAUCCAGCCUGGAAGAGAGAGACUGCUGGUGCGUCAGGUUAACCCCCUAACAGGUGCUGCCUUCUGCCUGCCUUCUAUAGGAUCUAUCAACUGGACAAUGGACCCUGCGACAACACAGACACUCCCUGACCUUCAUCCUUCUCACACUCUCCUCCUGUUAAACCAGACCUCAGACAAUGCUUGUGCACUAAAUGUCUACACAAGCCCAUUGACAAAUGACAGUAGUAGUAAUGCUAUCAGCAGAUCUGGUUGCAAAGAGAAACGCUUCCCGUGUUCGUUCUGUGGGAAAGCCUUCAGUUUCCCCAAACAGGUGGAGGUCCACCAGAGAAUGCACACUGGGAGAAACCAUUCAGCUGCCAUCUGCUGCCGGGCCAGUUUCUCCCACUCAUCCAGCCUGAAGAGGCACCAGAUGGUCCACACAGGGCUGAAACCCUUCAGCUGUACCCAGUGUCACAUGCGCUUUGCCCAGGCUGGUGACCUGAAGAGGCACCAGAGGGUCCACACAGGGGAGAAACCCUUCAGCUGCCCCCAGUGUGAGAAGAGGUUCACCCGUCAGAACCAGCUMAAGAUGCACCUGAAGGUCCACACGGGAGAGAGGCCACUUACCAAAACGCACUGCAGGAAGAGGUUCUCAGAAAGGAGCUAUCUCAGGAUACACCAGCAGAAAAACCAUUCCACUGGAUAGCUUCUGAUGUUUAGAUCAAACCGUGCAAUAAAGACAUAUUAAUUUUCAUUGUCAGCAGAAAAGACCCACAGAUGCAUUUGGAAUAACGACAGUAACAGAUUUCAUUGUUGAAUAUUGCAGUCAGACAUAAAACAUCUGUUACAUAUUGUGUUUGUAUUGUGUAGGCUGUAUUAUUUUCAUUACAUCCAUUCAACUAUCCGCCCCACCCAAUACACUUUUAAUGAGUGAAUGCAGUUUCUCAAGUUCAUGCAGAGUUUUAGCUGAGACAUAUGUGUGAUUUUCAUAUGGUGUAUUUAAAACUUGUUUAUGUUUAAUAAUGCAAAAUGGGACUUUUCA